AGUGCGAUGUUGUAUUAAUUAACCUCGCUUAAACCUACACUAACCUGGCAAUAAACACUACAGAAGCAAUAAACAGCCAGAUAGAAUGUGUUAUUUUCACCUGAUAGUGUGUCCAAACAAUAUAUAGACGGAGAGAACAAAUAAUACGUGGUGAUUUUACCUGUCUGAUUAGAAAGAUGAAGGUGGCCUCUGAGAAUGUGACAGACCUGAAUGGAAGCAGAGUCAGUGACACGGGGAUAAGUACAUUAAACUGCAAACCUGGACCUAAAUCAGGAAACUGGGAUCGUGAAAAAAUGUACCGGUAAUCUACUCUCUUUGAUCUAGUGGACCUUACACACACUGUAUAAGGACUAUCAACUUUUAAAAUUGGUAAAAUGUUUAUUAUAUAUUAUGAUCAAAGCAAGUUCUAUGACAAAGAUGAUAAAAAAAAGUGCCCAUUUAGUGCUUUGUGGCUAAAAAUCAAUAUCUGAAGAACUGCUUAUAUAAAGUUUAUAUUGUCAUUUAGAUCAAUAUACGGAAAACAAUUUACGUAUACCAGUGCAGGCUGGAAUAUAACUAGAUGUUCUCAGCAGCAUUCAAAAACAGAUAGUUUACAUCUGCGAGCGGCAAGGGUUGUGUAAGGACUCGGUAUUCGGAUACCCAAUAUGUCACCUGGCAUCUGUGUGUGGAAAUUUUGCCGGAUCUGUGGUUUUCUCUCCGUUAAUGUUUAAACAUGAAAAGAACAAAUGAUGAAUGCACGGAGAAAUGUCUUUGAAGUUGAGCAAGUUUUUCAAUAUCUGAGCACACACUUAAAUGGAUUAUUGUAUUAACAACAGAAGUGUAAACAAGCAGUGCUUUAGUACAGACAGACCAAAAAGUGACAGACAUUUGAAAAAUUACUUGUAUUUGAAGAAAUACUGAUAAGGACUUAGCAAUAAAUGUUUUUCUUGAUUACAAAGGAAAAUCACAGUUGUGUGGGCUGGACACUCUGGUUGGAGAAACUGCAUAUAGGUGGUUAUAAUAAGGAAUCCUUCUAAUGAAAGAAUAUUUAUGGUAAGCAAUCUCCAAGCACAGCUGGAUUUUAAUUCUGGGACAAAUUAUCAGUAUCUGGAAAAUCUUCAAAUAAAUCUUUUUAUUUCACUCCCGUCAUCAGGAAUGGAGUAGAAAAUAAUGCAGUAACGUAUUGAUAAAUGUGAUAGUGAGAAUUGCAGUUGAAAGCUCAUUUUUGUAGGCACUGUGAGUUUCCAUAAGCAAGAAUUACUUGGGAACAACUCUUAAAUUUUAUUUUCAGCAUUUAUUUAUACUGACAGAGAUGACAUUUAAUAAUGACGCAGAGUCAGACGGAUAGUGUCAAAUACACGAGAUUCGAGUGCCAGUUUACGUGAUUUAAUUCAGUUCCAUGAGAUUUCAAUUCACAGUGGAUUAUAUUUUUUAUUUUUGGACUUUCUUGAGGAACUUCACAAGCUUUUUAAGAUUCAGAGCUUGGAUGGGUAAUUGAACUCUGGGUACAUCCGUGUGAUGCCCACCCUUGAAGGAAAAAUGUUAUCCACCACUUCAGCUGAGACAGCUUUCCACAAUCUCCACGUGGAGUCAUCCACUACAUCCUCCAUCCACCUCUCCUGGGGAACAUUAAACGAAAAUCUCCUCAGGUCUACUAUACUGGCCUUCCAGGUGCAUUACCAAAAAGAGGCUAGCAAGUAUGUGCAGUAUGGCCCUAGAUUACCAGCUACUGCCAACGAGUAUGACAUCAAGAAUCUUGUGGCUGAUACAUUUUAUAAAAUUUGUUUGGUGAUAUAUCAAAAUAACACAGUGACACCCGAUAGGGAGUGUGUUGAUGCCUCAACAUCUAAUUGGCGAAUUCCUGUCUCAAUAUCAGUUGGCAGCAGCAUAGGUGCCGUUUUGGCACUCUUUCUCAUCAUGCUCAUCGUGGUGGCAGUGGCACGCUGUCCGUUUGGCAUACGCUGGCACCACAACCAGAGAAUGACCGGUAGAAAAUAUGACAGCAUGUCUUCUCAUUUCCACUACGAUUUCAGUGAUACUUUGACUCACGAACGAGAAGACGAUUUUAUAUCGGAUCACAGUGAUAAUGGAUUAUAUAAGGAAGGAUGUAAUCAUAGUUCCUGUUAUACUCAUCCUGAGUAUCGCUCGGCUCCCUCACAGCUCUGUAAUGGCCACCACCACCAUCAGGUCACAUUCAGUCAGCACCCUCCUACAAUAUGUACGGGGGCGCGACCCAAAGUUGCCAAGCAUUGUCAAAAACCGUCUUACCUUGGGAAAAAACAUCUUAUGUCACAGUACUCGACAGACUCUGAACCUGAUCACGUGACUUUAGAAAGGGAGCAACAAAGGACACACCAAAGCAAGCUGUGUGAUCAAACUCACGUUUGUUUUGGUGAUGAUAAUUAUAAUCUACAGAUGUCAGACACAACUGACGUUGACUUUCAUCAUUCACAUGUGUGUUGUGCUAGAAAUCAAAACAACGAUUAUCUGAAUGGACAUGGACCUCUCUCAUGUGAAGCAGGGGGAUCCAUUCUCCUCCACAAAGCCCCCAGUCUGAAUCAGAUAGACGUUUCAUCAAGUGAUUCUGGAUACAGGGACGCAUUGCAUCAAGGUCCUUCAGAGUCAUUUGAGGAUGAUAAUGCAUUUUUUUCUGCCACAGAGAAUUUUUCGUCAGAUCUCGAUACAAAUGACAGUAUGCAAAAGAGAGUGACUUCUGAUGAAUAUGAAAUGAGUGACUUGUCGGAUAAAACAAAAUCCAUUAAGAUCCCCCUCACAGCAGGAUCGGAUCAAUCUGAGCUUGUUUCUGAAGAAGCAUAAUAGCAACAUUACGAGGCAUGCAACAAAUUUUAUAUCGGAUUUAUUUUACAACAUUUAGAUUCCACAGACAUCAGCAAUCAUGCUGAUUUCAACUCAGAUCAAAACGUUUAUACAUACUUCAUUUCUCCUUUAUUCAGCUUCAAGCUGUGCUAUAAUAAGCUAAUCUUACAUAUCAUUUUAAUUCAUUUUGGAAAAAUUUAUGAAGGUACGUCUUUAAACAAACUCUUGAAACUUUUAAUCUAGGAGAGAAAAACAAUUUUAAAAAAAAAAAAAAAAACCUCCUGAUGUCUUAAAAUAGAUUCCUAGUAUCAGAGGUAAACAUUACCAGCUUAUGAUUUGCUCAAAGAAAUCAGAUCUAUAUUCAAAGGAAUGGGCAGGAAAAUUUUUAAUCUGAAUGUUGUUAUUUUUUUUCCUUUGUCAUGAUCCUCCUAGCUUUGUGCUAAUAUCAUUUUUUCUUGGUAUGAUGAAUUUUAGAAAUGAGUUUGCAACACAUUUAGUAUACAUACAUACUUGUAUACCCUUUCUAUCUGAAAAAUACUUUCUAUUAUGCAUAGAAGCUACCUUAUUUUUGUCACUCAAAGAAGUCAUCCCUUACAAAUUCAAUUUCAUGUGAACUGAACUCUAGCCUUUUGAAGGACAUUCACCUGAAAAUGGUCGAUAUAACAUAAUGGAUUUAUUUAUUAUCUUUAUGGUGAAAUUAUAAUCAAAUUCAUUGAUCUAUGUCAUGAUGCGCACUAAAUUUUAUGAUAUUUAUAUUUUUAUUCUCCUCCUGUAUCUAUUCCUAAUAAAUUUUUAAAAAGUUUU